AUGUCAAAAUAUAGUAUUGACCAAGAUUAUGUUAACGAAGAGGGUUUGAUAUAUUCAUUACAGAAUUUAUCAUCGGACGAAACGCCUACAACUAAUAUAAAUGGUAUAAAUGGUGUAAAUGGUAUUCAACCUCCAAUGCAACCUCCAAUGCUAUGGAAAGAAGUUCCAGAUCAUGUUUGUUAUUACUCUUAUGAGUACAACAAAAUUGAUAUGGCUCAUAAUGAUUGUCAUACAGAAAAGUUAUUUGGAAAUAUACAACCAAAGUCAAAGAAUAUUAUAGUAUUACAUUCAAGAGUUUUAGUGAAAUUAAAAAUUUUACCUAAAUUUGAUACAUUAAAAUCAUUUGUCAAAUUUAGUGUAUUAAUUUGGUCUUCUAAUAUAUUUAAAAAAGUAUCAGAAGCUAGAUCGGGAAAUAUGUUUGUAUCGGAAUUUGUUGGAAUGAGGCCGUAUGGGUUGUUACGUGAAGGACAUUGUGUUAUUGAGACUUAUUGUGUUGACUUAAAUGUUAAUAAGCCAUAUCAAAUUAUUUCCCAUGAUGAUUCUAUGAUAGGCCGUAAACGAAUUGCUGAUAAUUCAGAUAAUUCGGAUCCUUUAGAUAUUUAUUUUGAUGAUCGAAAUUACUUUAUUACUUUAUUUUUGGAUGAUUAUUGUGAUUCUAGAUAUGCAAAUUUAGUUAGUGCUCAAAUUUAUCAUGAAUCAUUGGAUUUCAAAUUUGAAAAAAUAGAAAACAUUGCGCUUAACAAACUUGCUGCUUUUUAG